GGAUCGGUACAAGAUAGGAGCAGAAAAGAGCAGGUUGGAGUUUCUUGUAAAACUUAAAUCAGAUUAACUGUUUUAGUUACAGUUUAUAUAAUUGAUGCAAUUUCAAUGACUUAAAAUAUGACACGUCUUGUGAAAUUAACUUUGUGCUUUUAUGUCGUUUUAUGCGCAUUGAGCACUAAAGCCGAUGACAAUCAAGUCCCAUUAACCAAGCUUGGCACAAAAACAGGGCCGUCGUUAAAAUUUUUUUAUUGUUAUUCUUGCGGAUACAGAAAAGUGUUUGAAGAAUAUGUCGGUAUUCUUCGACAAAAGUAUCCAGAAUUACAAAUUGAUGGAGAGAACUAUAAUCCUUCUUCAAAUAUUAUGCUUAUUGCUAAAUUAAUAUGUUUUGCUAAAAUUUCACUAAUAGUUCUAAUAGUAAGUGGAUUUAAUUUUGGACAACCACUACCAUCUCUUUGGCAAUGGUGUAUGGACAAUCGAUUUUAUUCUUGUAUGAUGAUAUUUUUCAUUUUUAAUGCAAUAGAAGGACAACUCAUAUCAUCAGGAGCUUUUGAAAUACAUUUCAAUGAUGUUCCCGUGUGGUCUAAACUGGAAACUGGUAGAAUACCGCAGCCACUCGAACUUUUCCAAAUAAUAGAUACUCAUUUGAAUUGGCAAUAUGCAGAUGUAGAUAUAGGAUAGAUUAGUUUUAAUGAAAAAUUGAACUGCAUUUUUAUUUGUACCAAAUGUUAAUUACUCUGGUUACAAGGCGUACCGUUUCUGUAACUCUAUAAACGUUCAA